UGUGGGCACCUGGCUGUUACAGCUUGUGGCUUCACAUCCGGGUGCCCACUGUCAAAUUUGGGUACCUGCUCCCCAAGGGUCUGCAGUCUCGGGUCAUCUCCUGUACUAUGUCCGCAGUCUCUGGUCAUCUCCUGUACUAUGUCCACAUUCUCUGGUCAUCUCCUGUACUAUGUCCACAGUCUCUGGUCAUCAUCUCCUGUACUGUCUGCAGUCUCUUGGUCAUCUCAUGUACUGUCCGCAGUCUCUGGCCAUCUCCUGUACUAUGUCCGCAGUCUCUGGUCAUUUCCUGUACUAUGUCCGCAGUCUCUGGUCAUCUCCUGUACUAUGUCCGCAGUC